AGUCAUUUGCAACUCUGCAUGUGCGACUCAUCUGGUGUUUUGUUUUGCUACCGCUUUGACGUUUGUGCCAGCCGGCGCUUGCAACUGCCAUAAAUUGAUGCCUGCGCAUACACACACUAUUAUCAUACGCGCACAACGGCUAAGCUGAUUUCAUAUGCUAAAAGCAACAACUAACAAAUAAUAAUAACAAUGAAAACUGAAUCGCCUCAAUGAAAAUAAACGCAUACCAUCAUCUAAUUACAUACAAACGUGCACAGCAUAUAUAUAUGUAUAUAUGUGCAUAUGUCUGUAUGUCGGUACGCACACGCUAAGCUGAAUAGAGCUGUCCCCCAACAGCAACUGCGCGCAAACAUAUCAAGUUUAGUUUACUCGCAAGCUUUGAACAGCGCGAACACAAAAACACUAAACAGAAAGCAACAAAACUUGUCGCAAGUGCGCAGCGUGCUUGAAGCGCAGAUUUUUAUAGACACCGAACAAAAAUACAAACAACAAGUGAAUUGUGUUUCAUUUUCAGUAAAAAUCAACAGUGAAUCACUGUACUCUAUUUGAAGGCGCGUCAAAAUGAGUCCGUCACACCUGAGGCUUUACUGCAUCACAAUCGUUUGCUUGCUUUUAUCCAAUUGUCUGUUUGCAGAUGCAAAACGUGUUUACAGCGGCGGUCGACGCAGCUCCAGCAGCAGCAGCAGCUCGUACACACCACGUCGCACGUCAUCGCAGACGCAUAGUCAGUCUCAUGGCGGUGGCUACACUUCACACUCAGCCGCUCCAGCAUCGCGUCCAUCCUACUCACAUUCGGAUGCAACAAAACUCAGUUAUGGUGGCAACACCUAUUCGGCACCCGCCAAACCGCAGAGCUCUGUAACAAGCCAUACGCAAUCACGUCCGGCCGCCACGUCAGCACCUAUCGGUUGGAAUGUGCCCAAAUCACAAGGUCCACCACCAGCAUACUCACCCUCCAAUCCAGCGGGUGGUGCGCGCACUAAUAUACAUGAGCCACCACCAGCCUAUAAAGCCACGGCACCGGUAGCUUCGGCGCCCGCUUCAUCCUCCGUCUACAGGCAAAAUGCACCGCCACCGAAUUAUGCCGCCGCAACAAAUACGGCCAACCGUGGCUCAAUGACACCGGCACAAACAUACAAUCCCAGCGCACCGGCUGCCGCUAAUAACUACCGCGGCACCAUGACACCAGCGCAGACAUAUAGGCCAAGAGCAAAUUCAACAGGCUUCGGAGGUGGCGCAUAUACACCGAUACAGCGUACUAAUGUGCAGGGCGUACACUCUAGUUAUCCUCAACAGAGUUUACCUGCAGGUGCAACGUAUUACAAUUCGCCAUCGCACUUACCAGCGGGUGCAACUUAUCACUCAGCUGGUUCUCUGCCGGCUGGCGCGACUUAUCAUCCGGCUGGCUCUUCGUAUCAUGCACCUGGUGGCUUGCCUGCCGGUGCCACCUAUUAUCCUUCAGCAGGCGCAUUGCCAGCCGGAGCUAGUUAUCACCCAGCAGGACAUGUACCUGCCGGUGCCACUUAUUACCCUUCAGCUGGUGGUGUACCUGCUGGCGCGAGUUAUUAUCCGGCCGCGGCAGCAGUGCCGGCUGGCGCAACCUUCCUGCCGGCGGGUUCGUCGCUACCGGCUGGUGCAACCUACUAUCCACAGGCGCCGGUUAAGUCCUCAUCCGGUCUUGGAUUCGGUUCUGGUCUGGCUGCCGGCGCUUUAGGAGGCGCUCUUCUCGGCUACGCAUUGACACCAUCACAAACCAAAGUAAUUGAGCGUGUGCCCGGCGGUGGUGGUUAUAGCGGUGGUGGUUAUAGCGGUGGCGGUAGCGCCCCACCUGUCAGCGGUGGGGACGAUCGCAUCAUAAUAAUAAAUAAUGGACCACCAGGAUCAGUGACAACUACGGAUGCCGGUUCCGGUACAACUGUCAUCACCACCAAUGCAGCAGCUCCUGCUGCCGCACCGCAAGCAGUAGCACCACAAAAUUACGCACCACAAAAUUACGCGCCACAACCCAACAUGGCGCAACCUACAGCACCAAAUCCAGGGACACCACAGCUGGCACCUUUCGGUACUGCUCCAACCGAUAAUGGUGGUAAUGUAGCAGCUGCCGUAGGUGGUGCAGCUGCCGGGGCGGCAAUCACAGCUGCCGUUGCUCCAUCACUUAAUGCCGCACCUGCUUCUAGCGCUGGCGAAGCUGCAGGUGCUCCCGUUCCCAAUGCUGCUAAUUCUGGCUCAGCACCCGCUCCAGCAUCGGGCGUAGCCCCUGAAGCGGCACCUGCUGUAGCACCUGGCAUAGCACCUGAACAGCCGCCCGCACCAGGUGGCAUUAUUUGUGUACCCGUUCGUGUCCCUGAACCAGAUCCUGCAGAUAAUACAAAAACGAUUGAAGUAGAAAAGAUAGCUUGCUACCCGGCACCACCUGCAGAGGCGACAACACCCGCACCAGCAGCCACGAAUGCAACGGAAGCUGCAGCGGUCACAGCUAGCAGCGCCACCAUACCAACGACAACAACAACCGUCGCUCCCGUCAUCGCACCGGCUGCCAUUAGCAAUUCGGAAAUUGGCGUACCAUUGGCACCACUCACCACAUUGACACCCGUAGUAGUUCCAGAGGGUUCGGUCGCUUUGGCGCCGCUCAGCCCAAACAGGCAGCCGGAUAUUAUGAAAUUGCCGGGCACUUAUUAUGCUCGACGCUCAGUAUCCAGUGUGGAGCUGGCCGAAAGCUCCGGCAUGGUACGCGCCGGUGCAGCAAGCAAUUACGCCAAUUUUGGUAUUGCGACGCUGUUGACAUUGGUAGUGGCAUACUGCAUGCACUAAUGCUGCCACAACAACCCACCUAACGGUAUAGAAAUCAAAUGCAAGCUGUGGUCUCGCAAGUAUGGCGGUGAGUGAGGCAGAAUUAAAGCCAAAAAUAUAGUAUAGCAGGAAUUUUUCAAUUCAGUAGAUACCAUUCGGUCGUUCUAAAGCUGUAAAGUCACAAAAGGAAUUUUUAAGAAACAGAAACUGAGCGGAAUAUUUUGAAUUUUAAAAUUUGCAGUCAUGACUCAAGAACAAUUGUAAUACUCCUUUCCUUAUAAGAAAUUUUUUGUCUCUUACUCAAGUUUAGUGCAUACAUACAUAUGUUUUAAUCACAAAACGAUGUACAAUUUAAAUUUAUAAUUUUUAAUAAAAUGUGCGUAAUCAUUUUAGUAUGAAAUCAGUUAAAUUCAA